CGGCCCGCAGACCUUUCCCCCACGCUCUCUCUCCCUCCCUCCCCGCAGAAGCUGCCUGACCCGCUGAGUAUUUGUUUUGCUUCAGUCUCUGCUGAGGGAAAAAUAUGAUUCCUGCCACGCUGGGGUCACGUCUCCGAUGAGCCUCACGGGGCCCGUUGGUUCAAGCCGAGUAGCAGGCGCUGGGUGAUUGCCCUGGGCGCGGUAGCUGCGCUGUGCCCCGCUGCCACUGCUCGUGAUGCAUUGUUCAGCAGGGUGUCGGGUGUGUCCUGCCUCGCCGAGGGUGCAGCGCUGGCUUCCUGCCUCUGAAGCUCAAUCGGAACUUCAGUGAGACAGGUGUUCGGGCCCAGUCUAGCCCCAACGUCUCCGGCCUCAUGUGCCAUUAAAAGCAGUUCGCCACCGGGAGGGUUCCAGCUGCGGAGGCGAGGGGGUGCUGCAUCUACUGCUGGCGCCGGUAUGGGCGCAUUCAGAGCUGCUAUGUAAACCGAGACGCCGACUGACAGGAAAAGAUCGGCUCCUUUUACCUUCCUGUUCGGGGUAAGAUCUGUCAACCUCCUGGGUCGAGCCGGGUAUUAUUGGAAGUUGAGCAUCUCACCAAAUAACAAUGGCGAGUGAAGACAAAGUUGCCAUCCUUUCUGAUGAUGAAGAGGAACAAAAGACAAAAUAUAUUCUUGCUGAGCCUUUCAACACACUAUCAACUGAAGUAAGAAAUGAAUCCUCCCCCACUCCUGCUCAUUUAGAAACAGAAACAACAGAAGCAGAGGAACCCGAUUGGUUGGAGAGACGUUGCAUAAAGAUUAGUGAUGACCUUCUUGUUUCCAAAGUAUUCUACUUCUUCUUCUAUUCUGGCUAUGGAUCACUAAUCCCACUACUGCCAGUGUAUUAUAAACAGCUUGGCAUAUUGGCCAGCCAAAGUGGACUCUUGGUGGGAAUAAGAUAUUUUAUAGAAUUCUGCAGUGCACCUUUUUGGGGAGUAAUUGCAGAUCGAUUUAGAAAAGGGAAGGUUGUCCUUCUCUUUUCACUUAUGUGUUGGAUUGUUUUCAACCUUGGAAUUGGUUUUGUGAAACCUGCCAGCAUAAGGUGUGAAUCAAGGAAUCCACUACCUACCACAGCAGCUCCAAAUGUCUCCACGUCCUCAAUGAUUUCUACUGCGAUGACUACACACCACUCAACUCAAAACAACUCCAACAAAAGUCGGAUACAUAAAAGAGAUAUUUUACCAAGUCAGCCUUUCAGAUAUUUUGGAAACCAUGGUAUUUCUUUUACCUUGUUUAAUGCAGAACAAGAUCACACCUUGCAGAAAAGAUCUGCGCCAGGUACUGACAAUUCGACAGCAAAUCCAAACAGGACAUUGUACACUACUACCACCUCGGCCUCAACAGUGAAGACAGACAAACAGAUCACUUACAACUUGAAAGAAGUUGAAAAUAUUUUCCUACUGAUUCUGUUGGUUAUUAUCAGUGGAGAGUUUUUCAGUGCUCCUGCAGUGACUAUCGUGGACACCAUUACUUUACAAUAUCUCGGCAAACACAGAGACCGAUAUGGAUUGCAGCGAAUGUGGGGCUCCUUGGGCUGGGGCUUAACCAUGCUGGCAGUUGGCAUCUCGAUUGACCAUACUCACAUUCAUGUUGUUAUAGAAGGUGAUGGCUGUCAAAUCACAGAUUAUAAGAACUACAGAAUAACUUUUAUUGUUUUUGGUGUUUUGAUGUCUUUAGCAUUGAUUGUAUCAACCCAAUUCAGAUUUGAUUACAGUCAUUUAAAAGCUGAAGAGAACAAAAGAGAAGAUACUAUCGAAAUUCAGCAAGUGGCUCAGAAUUCUUCAGUGGGAGGUUCUGAAGUCAAUGGCAAUGCUGAAGCUUCCAGGGGCACAGGGAAAAAGACAUUUGAAUUUAAUGUGCUGCUGAAAAUGAUUUGCAGUGUGCAAUAUGGUUCUGUGCUAUUUGUAGCCUGGUUCAUGGGCUUUGGUUACGGCUUUGUAUUCACAUUCCUCUACUGGCAUUUGGAAGAUCUGAAUGGGUCAACUACACUCUUUGGAAUCUGCUCAGUCCUCAGCCAUAUCUCAGAACUGACGGCCUAUUUCCUGAGCCAUAAGCUGAUCGAACUGGUGGGUCACAUUAGGGUACUGUACAUUGGACUGGCUUGUAAUACAGCUCGUUAUUUAUAUAUCUCGUAUGUGGAAAAUGCAUGGUAUGUUCUACCUAUGGAAGUGUUACAAGGUGUUACCCAUGCAGCAGUGUGGGCUGCAUGCAUUUCUUAUCUGAGUUCAGCCGUCCCUCCUGCAUUGAGAACUUCUACUCAAGGAAUUCUACAAGGGCUGCAUUUAGGUUUGGGCCGAGGCUGUGGUGCUAUGGUGGGAGGAGUAAUGGUGAAUGCCUUUGGUGCUCAACAAACGUUCCGUGGCAUUGGAAUGGCCUCUUUAGUGAUUCUCCUACUUUUUGCCUUGAUCCAGUGGUUGGCAGUGCCCGAUGAAGAUGAAGAGAAGAAGAUGCUGGCAGAACGGAUUCCAGUUCCAUCCAGUCCUGUUCCCAUAGCAACUAUUGAUCUUGUACAGCACCACUCGGAUAGCAUUAUGCCCCAUCUUGAAACUAAACUCCCUCUGAAAAAGACCAAGUACCAAGAGGAGCAGGAAGAUGUUACAAGACCAGCCUGGACUGUCAGCUCAUCGCCUUGGGUCAAUAUUGUGUUUGCCCUUUAUCAAGUUGUGGAGAUGGCAAAGCUGGCGAAGACAAAUGCACCAAUUCAGCAUCAAGUUCUACAGGGGGCCAGUGACCACCCAGUACGCCCAGACUCUUGGCCGGUUGGGGUCUCAGCACAGCCUGAACCUCCACCUGUUUGUAGCAAGCAAACAAAGUCAGAAGUCCUCAUUGCUACCUCUAAUCUGGAUGAGCAGGUCAGUGUAAACCCGGAGAAGGAAAGCAAUCAGCCAGAGUUGCCUAGGAACUUUAUCCCCUUGCCAGGAAACGGAAACCCAAAUAUUAAUCCAGCUUCACCUCACCAAACAAGCACUCAACCAAGUCAGAAGGACACCUCUUCUUGAUUAAACUAAAGGAUUACUUCAGUUGCUUUAAGAACAAUGUAUUCAAUUUUCCCUUAAGGACUCUUAAAGAAAACUACACAGUGGACAUUUUUUCAAGAAUGCCUUGUUCCGCAGUAUGUCCAUGUUGUCAACACAGCAUUGAAUGGCUUAUGUGUAUCUCAGAAAUGAGAAGGUUCUACCUUGAUUGUUUUUGUUGUGUAUUUAUGAUAUCAGUAGCAGAUGUAAGUGCCUGUUCAUGUGCAAAGCACAUAUCUUAAUAUGAAAUUCUGUCUAUCCAAAAUGCUCAGUUUGCCUCAAUUUUUAAAACCCUGCACUGAGACGUUAAAACGUAGCUAUAUUAAUUCUUGAUGAAACAAACAUUGUACUUGUAAACCAAGAUGUCAUUGCAACGUACAGGAAACAAGUCACAUCAGUAAAGUAUAUUUUUGUUAAACAUAUCCAGCUCAGAAUGAAAAUUUGAAAACUGAGGCCAGAGCAAAGAAGCUGUUUGUUGUCAAAGAGUAUAUCUGUCCAAAUGAUUCUGGGCAUCUCUUAAGUACGUGCUUGAAAUACUGGCUGAUGGAAAAAGUCUUCUUUCAACAUGUUGUUGCACUAAGUAAUAUCUGUAUUCUAAUAUCUGAUGACAGUAAGAGUUAAGAAAGCUGCUCUUGAAGUUACUGAUGGUUUGAUGUUAUAAUUCUUGCUGUGGUUUCAGCGGUUGGUCCAUUUUCAUUUGAAAUGUACAAAGUAAUGUUUCAAUAUUUUUGGUGUACAAUUUUGGAAGCACUGAUACUAAUUCCCUGAGACUAAAUGUUUUGAGGAAAAUUCUCCAAGUUUUUCUGGUUUAGAAUUUUCUCUGACAAUUAAUUAAGAAUCCACAAUAUAGCUUUAGUGGCCAAAACUAAACUGCCUAAACCAAUAUUUCUUCUCUUAUCCUAGAACACAAAAGAGAUAAAAGUUAAACAUUUGAAAAGAUCUGUUCAUCUUUGAGAAAACGAUGGCUGGAUUUUGCAGUUAGAUCUUGAGAGAAUUUGCCCAUAAAGAUCUUCCAGUCCUCUAUAUGACAUCUGUUGCUAUCAUUAGAGGAUCCAAUGCAUCCAGAAUAUCAUUGUACUAUGUUGGCUGAGCAGCCCAACCACAGUACAAGAAUUCUCAGGAAGAAAAAAAUGUUUAACCAAUAAACAAUGAAUCAUUAUUAAAACAUCAACUUUUAGUUGAAAAAAAAACUUAAUAAAAUUACUUAAGAUAUUUAUGUGACAGAAUUUCAUUUUCAAGUGCAAAUAAUAAAAUUAAUUUUGGUAUGGGUAUGUUCACUGAGCAAUAACUGGUGUAGUGAUCCGUUAAUGACUUUGUUAGAUCUCAUGCAACAAUGCACAAUAUUUUUUGGAGUAUUCUACAUUGAGUCCAGUUUGUAAAUACUUAACAUUUUCAUAAAUUCAGCUAAUUUCCCUGAUUGCACAGCAGCCUGGUGAUGUGAUCCCAGUUUAUUUAAUGAUUUCCACAUUAAAAAUACUCAUAAUUUUCGCUGCUGUCAAAUUUGCACUGCAAGGAAAGUGAAUGCUGAUGGUGUCAACUUCAUCAUCACACAAAAUCCAGCCAUUAAUAUGGAGUUGUAAACUGCACACAGAUGAGUCAACAACAUGCACCCAAAGAUCUGAUGUUUCUAAAAUUUGUAUUUCCUUGCUUAUAACUGAAAGGAAAUCCAAAUUUUGUUAGGAAAUGUCUUUGAAUUCAACUUUCAUCUUAAAUCUCGGCAGUAUUUCCCUUGUAUUGCUAAGGCAGGUAGAUUUGAGUUUGAAAAUAACAUUUUUAUGGAAGAGUAAGUCAGAAUAUAAAUAGUAGUCUUGGUGGUGGUUGGGAGUAGGGGGUAAGGGCUGCAAGAUUUACAAUGAAUUAGGUGGCACAGCAACGUAGCGGUUAGCUAAUGAUCUACAGUGCCAGCAGUCCAGGUUCAGUCCCCGCUGCUGACUAAAGAGUUUGUACGUUCUGCCCAUGACCGUCUGGGUCUCCUCCCACAUCCCAGAGACGUACAGGUUCAUAAGUUAAUUGGUCACAUGGGCGUUAUUGGCAGCACAGGCUCACUGGGCCUGAAAGUGUCUCUUACUAUGUUGUAUCUCCAAAAAACAAACUAAGGCGACUUGAAGGAGAGGGAACUAGAUUAAAAAGGAACUUUAACCUAAUACUUGAUAGCUGGUAGUCAUGCACGUUUUGGAAAUUAAUGACAGUUGUGGGAAAUCCAAAGUAACUUGAAGAUUUAUUUUAAAAACUGAACAAUUUUAUACCCAUGCAGUUGAAGCCUCCUCCCUGUCAACACAUAGGCUUCAAGUCACAAUAAAUUGCAUCUGAAUGUUUGAUUUGGCAGCAAUGAGGAUUGACUCAUUUUUGCUUCGAUGUAGGCAGGGUGUGGAGACUGCAGAUACUGGAAUUUCAAGCAAAAUGAAAACAAAUCACUGGAGGAACUCAGUGGGUCAAGUAGUAUCUCUGAGGGAGAGGCAAUGUCGAUGUUUUAGGCCAAGAUUCUGCAUCAGGGCUCAAUGCAGGGUCUAAACCCAAAAUCUCAACAAUUUCUUCUGUCUCCACCCCCCCCCCACGCAGAUGUUGCUCAACCCACUGAGUUCCUGUAGUUGUUUUGUUUUGCUGUUGGUAGUUUGUAAAAUAGUUGGUGCCUUCAGUCUAUUAACACAGUAUUUAAAAACUAUUGAUUUUUGUAGUGCUUUUUGUGUGUUAAUAUUUUGGGAUUGUUUCUGUAGAGUUAUAAACUAUUAUUGAAUUGUACAGCAAAUGUGUUAGUGCUGAGAAAAUUGUUAAAUUGAUCAUUUUAUUAAUAAAAUACUGUUUCAAGAAGGAUAUGCAAUUGCAUUUUAUACUUAAAAUGAACUAAAAGCCAUUUGUAACAAAACAAAAAUAUUGAUUAGAAACAAUUUGACAAAUGUUUUCACGCUGCAAGUCUUAAAUGAAAGUGGAGUCUGACACGUUCAUGUAAUCAGGAUGAAAGGAACUAAACUUGUACAGGUGAACACUAAUUUUUAGUCCACCCACAAGAGGGAGCUGUUACCUCAGAAUGUUACAAGUGUGGACUGCCAUCUCCAGAGGUAGGAUAAUAAUCCACAUUUAAUUACAAAUAACUUGUGUAAUGAGACUACCAUUUCAUUUCAUUAUUCUAAAGAACAGCAACAGAGAUAGAUUUUCAAAGCACAAUGGAUCAUGUUUUGGCUCAUGAAUAAUAACUUAUAAUUUGGAGAGAGCUGAUGUUAACAACGCUAUUUCUCAUUCAUGUUUAUUUAUAUAAACUUCAUUCUCCAACAGCCUUAAACUCUAAUAAUUACAUCACUUCUCUGAAAUUCCAGUUAAGAAGAAUGUGGCAUAAUUAAAAAUAAAUUUUCAAAAACUAUUUUGAGUGUUUAUUUCAAAUAUUUCACAACUUUGAACUUUGAACUUGAACUUAGAAGCGGCUGUGCUCCUUAACAACAGGUACUCCUGUUUGAGUACUGUUGGGGGGGACAGCUUACCCGGGGGAAGCGACAGUGGCCGUGCCUCCGGCACAGAGUCUGGCCCUGUAGCUCAGAAGGGUAGGGCAAGGAAGAGGAGGGCAGUUGUGAUAGGGGACUCGAUAGUAAGGGGGUCAGAUAGGCGAUUCUGUGGACACAGUCCAGAGACCCGGAUGGUAGUUUGCCUCCCUGGUGCCAGGGUCCGGGAUAUUUCUGAUCGUGUCCAAGAUAUCCUGAAGUGGGAGGGUGAGGAGCCAGAGGUCGUAGUACAUAUAGGUACCAAUGACAUAGGUAGGAAAAGGGAUGAGGUCCUGAAAGGAGAAUAUAGGGAGCUAGGAAGGGAGUUGAGAAAAAGGACCACAAAGGUAGUAAUCUCAGGAUUACUGCCUGUGCCACACGACAGUGAGAGUAGGAAUGCGAUGAGGUGGAGGAUAAAUGCGUGGCUGAGGGAUUGGAGCAGGGGGCAGGGAUUCAAGUAUUUGGAUCAUUGGGACCUCUUUUGGCGCAGGCGUGACCUGUACAAAAAGGACGGGUUACACUUGAAUCCUAGGGGGACCAAUAUCCUGGCAGGGAGAUUAGCGGGGGCUACUGAGGUGACUUUAACCUAGAAUGGUUGGGGGGUGGGAAUC